UCAUUUAACACACUGGACUGAUAGCGUUAGCAAUCAAAGCAGUGUUUGUAAACUGGACAAGAUUUUAAAGUUAAUUAGAGUUUUGACUGGAGAGCUUAAACUAAUUGAUUACAUUUGUUUUUAAUUUAAAUUUUAUUCAUUUUAUUAAUUAUGAAGACCAUUCGUUUCGCUGUUGUCGUAUGUAUCAUCCUAGCUGUUUGUGGGAUACACUCAACGGGUGCCAAAUCGACAGGGGACAUAACUCGUAGAGAAAAACGUCAAGCCGUGGAUAUUGAUGGCUACUUGGAAAAGUUCGGAUACCUGGCCAAAAUUGAUGACUCGUCACGUGGUCCGGUCAGUCAUGACGAGGCUAGUCGGAUUGAAGCCAUUAGGAACUUCCAGAUUUUCAACGGUCUGCAGGUGACUGGUAACAUCGACGACCAAACCAUACUGAAAAUGAGGCAGCCUCGUUGUGGAGUUUCUGAUAACUCUGCACCCGGUGAACCUCAAAAUUUGGAACGCCCUCUGGAGUUUAACGCCCCCGGAAACAAGUGGAGAAAACAUUCUGUAACAUGGAACGUCAUCAAUCCUACUGGUCAACUUUCGGAGGGAAUCCAAAAACUCGCUAUCAGGAACGCCUUUGAAUACUGGUCCGACGUUUCCCCUCUACAGUUUCAAGAGACAAACGGGAAAUCAGACAUCGAGAUUAAAUUCGCAAACGGCUUCCAUGGUGACGGCCGUGGAAAUGCCUUUGACGGAAGAGGUGGUGUUUUGGCGCAUGCGUUCUUCCCCGGUAACGGUUACCUUGACGGGGACACUCAUUUUGACGAUGGGGAGCGAUGGGUGUAUCAUUCCAACAGUGGCACGGAACUUGAAACUGUCGCCGCUCACGAGUUCGGUCAUGCCCUUGGACUCGGCCAUUCUUCGAACCCCUCUGCCCUUAUGGCUCCUUACUACAGGGGAUACAUCCCUGGUCUAAGGCUUCAUAACGAUGACGUCCGAGGAGUCCAGUCAUUGUACGGAAGUCCUUCUAGACAACAGACAACACCAUCCCCACCACAAACAACAACAACAACACCACCAACAACAACAACAACAACAACACCAACAACAACAACACUAACAACAACAACAACAACAACUACACCAACACCCAGACCAACACCCAGACCCUCACCUACAACAGACGUCACCACGCCCACCACUGCUAUUAUACCGACGGGUGACGAGACCUUAUGUAAUCUUGCCUUCGACGCUAUUUCAUCUGGCCCAGAUGGCGCCACCUACGUGUUCCGGAACCAGUUAGUCUACAAAGUGACAGCUGGGGGUCUGGCUGCAGGAUUCCCCCGGUUUAUCCGAGAGGUGUAUCCCGGCUCGCCUAGAUACGUGAAGGCUGCCGUUUAUCUGAAGAGUACCGGCGAAACUUUCCUCUUUAACAACCACGGUAAGGUAUGGCGCUAUUUAGGGUUCACACUACAGAACGUUACACAGAUGGACAGGGACGAUUUCCGGUCAGCGAUCGCCAUCACUAACCCUCGCUAUGGAAACCAACAAGUCUACCUUUUCGGGACGAAUUACUUUUGGGGUUUCAACCGGCGUGCUAUGAACGUAGCUAGAAGGUCGGGAUACACCCUCCCCAUCUCCCAGUUCUGGAGGGCUUUUCCUCGUUACUCCACGGCAGGCAUUGAAUGGACGGACGGAUAUAUGUAUUUCUUCAAAAAGGGGAGCUACGUACGCGUGAGUCCAAAUACCCGAGGUAAAGUAAGCGGAUAUCCGGGAGAUAGCGCUGCUUCGUGGCUGAAAUCGUUGUGCAUAGAACCUCACCAAUAAGACUGUUUGCUUUCUAAGCAUGGAUAUUCAUUAAGAAUUAUGAGGAAAUCCACGUGAACUGUUGGCAAUGACCCACGUAUAUCCAAAUACGUAAUGAUAGACAAUACAUGUCAGUCAAAUGUACAUGAAAUACGACAAACAGACUUGUCAAAAACGUCCAUCCGGAUUUUGCGGCGUUAAGGUUCAAUAUACUAUAGACACCAGAGGAGGCAUGUAUAUACCCAACAUUGUAUGUAGGGUAUCGUCUAGUUUAAGGGAGUUGGUUUAAGGUCACCCGUGCACAGGGAUAUGAGCAUUCUUAGUUAAUAGAAGAUCCGUAGAUUUGAGGAUAGUAUUUCCCAUCAUUGAGGGCGAUCUCCAUCUUGAAGAAUGUCUUUUAUGCGAAUGCCUAGCUAUCAUACGAGCCUAAUUGUGGCGUAUCAUGAUACUGGCCAAAACAACAUGACAAACGCAUAUGUGAUGUAAACGUUUCGCUAAACAAUAGACAUACAACGUUAACUAUCUUAUUGGUCGGAGGGUUUUAACUCUUUGCCAGAAAAAAUGAUUACUGAGGUUACAUUACAAAUAUAAACACGUAUAACAGGACAUUCUCGCCGAACAAAAACAUGACUUGGUUGAUGAAACUACAUCGACGUGUCAUGGGUGUGUCACAACAACGCUCAUCUAUCGGCACGUAACCGUCUCACAACAAAUACACGUGCUGUAAAACAAAUACACGUCUUGUAAAACAAAAACACGAGCUGUAAAACAAAUACACAUAUUGUAAAACAAAUACACGAGCUGUAAAACAAAUACACGUCUUGUAAAACAAAUACACAUAUUGUAAGACAAAUGUACGUCUUGUAAAACAAAUAUACGUCUUGUAAGACAAAUACACGUCUUGUAAGACAAAUACACAUAUUGUAAGACAAUUAUACGUCUUGUAAAAUAAAUACACAUAUUGUAAGACAAAUACACGUCUUGAAAAAUACAUACACAUAUUGUAAGACAAAUAUACGUCUUGGAAAACAAAUACACGUCUUGUAAGACAAAUACACAUAUUGUCAGACAAACACACGUCUUGUAAAAUAAAUACACAUAUUGUAAGACAAAUACACGCCUUGUAACACAAAUACACGUCUUGUUAAACAAAUACAUUUCUUGUAAGACAAAUACACGUCUUGUAAGACAAAUACAUUACUUGUAAGACAAAUACACGUCUUGUAAGACAAAUAAAUUAUUUGUAAGACAAAUAAACGUCUUGUAAGACAAAUACAUUACUUGUAA